AUGAGCUGCCUUUCAUCCAUUCCUCAUUCAAAAACCCUUCUUCCUGUGUUUUUUGAAUUUAUCCAACCGAAUUUGUUCACAAGUGUUUUUUAUUCAGCUUUUUCAGAAAGCAUCCGCACGCUGGCUUUCACCGCUCGUCGCAACUCUUCUCCCCUGUACCGUAAGUCGACGAAGAAACUCAAGAAGAGUCGACUCGUCGGAAAGAAUGGUAUUUGCAAUGUUUACAACACUAACGUCCCCAAGAAAGACAGACAGUACCUACGAGACAUUUUCACGACUCUCAUUGAUGUGAAAUGGCGAUGGAUGCUCUUGCUUUUUGCAUCUGCAUUCGUGUUGAGCUGGAGCGUCUUUGGAACCACCUACUAUCUCAUUGCCUUGUUUCAUGGAGAUCUCACAGACCCACUGCCAGCCAAUCAUACUGCAUGUGUGGUGAAUCUGGAUUCUGUCUACUCGUCUUUCUUGUUUGCUGUGGAAACUCAUCAUACAAUUGGAUACGGACACAGAUACAUCACUACAGAAUGUUAUCUUGCUGGAGUGAUCGUUUGUCUUCAAGCAAUAUGUGCUCUUCUCCUUCAAUCUUUUAUGGUCGGAAUCGUUUUUGCCAAAAUGGCAAGACCAAAGAAACGAGCCGAAACUAUCAUUUUCAGUGACAAAGCUGUAAUUUGCUUAAGAGAUGGACAACUUUGCUUCCUUUGCCGUGUUGGUGAUAUGAGAAAUACUCAUCUGGUGGAGGCACAUGUUCGACUUCAAUUUAUUACGGAUCGUGAAACUAACGAAGGAGAGAUUGAACCCCUUCAUCAAUUUGAAAUGAAAGUCGGACCUUCAAUUUCCGACGACGACCGACUUUUCUUGGUCUGGCCAACCACCCUCUGCCAUGUCAUUGAUUCUCGCAGCCCACUUUAUAACUACAACCAGCAAAGUCUUAUGUCCGCUCAAUUUGAAAUUAUCGUCUUGUUGGAAGGAAUCGUUGAAUCAACCGGAAUGACCGCUCAAGCCAAAACAUCCUACCUACCAUCGGAAAUCUCCUGGGGUCACCGGUUCCGCAAACUUGUCACCUAUCAAAGAUCCAACGGAUCUUACCAAAUCGAUUAUGAUCUCUUCAACAGCACCUAUCCAGUCCGCACACCUGCCAUGAGCCCAGCCGAGUUCUACUCUUCUAAACCAAAUCUCAAAGACUACUACUGCCAUGAUAGUCAGGAACACAAACUGGAAGACAACCGAUCUUCAGAUUCUACUCCACUCCCUUCUCCAUCUCCAUACAGCUAUCCUUCAACUCCAAUGAAUCAUUUCCAAUCUACUUCUAACUCUCCAGUAUUCUCCAAUGCACAUUCUAAAUUUAAUACAGAGGCCGUCACUUGCGAGGCGGGAAUGUUGUGCCCACCAACGAUUGUUGUGCAAUGUCCAUCCACGUGCGCAUCUCCCAAUCAUAUGAGACGAACUCGGAAUCAAAUGGAUAAAAGCCGCACAAGUAGCUCCUGCGAUCUCACCCGUCCUAGCACAGCCUUAUCAGAUUUGGAAGAAGAAUGCUCGGACAGCGGAUCUCCAACUAAAUGCCAAUCGCCACCAGUGGCUCCAAUCCACAUCGAGAUCGUCAGCGAGACAUAG